AUGGUAGGGAUAUACGGGAUGGGAGGAAUUGGAAAGACAACUCUUGCCCAAGCUUUGUUUAGAAGAAUUUCUUGUAACUUUGCGGGUAGCAGCUUUGUAAAAGAUGUUAGGGAAAAUAGUUCAAGUAAAAGAGAUAUAUGUGCCCUACAAGAAAAGGUUCUUAGGGAGAUACUAAUGACGAAUCAUAAGUUCAAUAUUCAAGAUCCUGAAGAUGGAGCAAAUAUAAUACGGACAAGAUUUGUUCAUAAAAGUAUUCUUUUAGUUUUAGAUGAUGUGGAUAAUGGUAAGCAAUUAGAAUUCUUAGCUGCUACACAUCACUGGUUUGGUCCUGGAAGUAGAAUCAUCAUAACCACCAGAAACAAGCAAUUGUUGUCCGAUACAAAUGCAAGGUACAAACCAAGUUUUUUGUCAAUGGACGAUGCUCUUGAGCUGUUUAGCAGACAUGCUUUCAAGAAAAAUAGCCCUCCAGACGGGUAUGACGAGUUGUCAUUUCGUGCAAUAAGCUAUGCUGGCUAUCUUCCUCUAGCUGUAAAAGUGUUAGGUUCUUUCUUCCGUGGUAGGAAGGUCGAGGUUUGGGAAAGUGCCUUUAAUAGACUAGCAAAAAAACCCAAUGAUGAGAUUUUUGAGACACUCAAAUUAAGUUUUGAUGCGUUAGAGGAUUCUGAGAAAAAUAUAUUCCUACACAUUGCGUGUUUCUUCAAAGGAAAAAAUGCAGGACAUGUGACUAGAGUCCUCGAUGGCUGUGGUUUUGACCCGUUAAUAGGAAUUACUGUUCUAGUCGAAAAAUAUCUUAUCACCAUUUCUAAUAAAGGACUAGAAAUGCAUGAUCUCAUACAAGAAAUGGGAUGGGAAGUAGUUCGUCAGAGUUUUCCAAAUAGCAGGUUAUGGCAACUUGACGAAAUCCAGGAUUUCAUCAGAAGAAUUAAGAAACUAAAAGCAGUUGAAGCCAUAGUAGUGCAGGACAAGCAAAACGAUGCUGACUUGUUUGAAGAAGCAAAGUUUAGCACCGAUAUCUUUAGAUCUAUGAAGAAUCUUCGACUACUCGAUGUUAAAGGGAAAUUCACUUUUUGUGAGCCUACGUUUCUUCCGGAUGAGUUAAGAUGGCUUUGUUGGAAUGAGUACCCAUUUUCUUCUCUUCCAAUUGGAAACCUGCGUAAGCUUGUCGGGAUUGAAAUGGCCAAAGGAAGUAUCAAACAGUUUUGGAAGGGACAAAAGAUUAUGCCCAACUUGAAGUUUAUUAAACUUCAACAGUUGGACUGCCUAACAAGAAUUCCAGAUGUCUCAGGAGCUCCAAACAUCGAAAGAUUAGUAUUGUUAAAUUGUAAGAAUUUGGUUGAGGUUCAUGAAUCUCUUGGAUCUCACAAAAAACUUGUGAGAUUGGAUAUGAUUGGUUGCGAGCGGCUCAGGCAUCUCCCAUCCAGGAUUGAGAUGGAAUCUUUGAGGAUUUUAAAGCUCAGUAAAUGCUACACUCUUGAAAGAUUUCCCGACGUCUCCCCAUGUAUGCUAAAACUUGAUUGUAUAAAUCUUGAUUUUUGUUUUCAUAUAAAGGAUUUGCCACCAUCAUUUGGAUAUUUGUCCGGUCUAACCUAUUUGAAUCUCAAAACAAGUGCAAGUUUUGAGAAUCUCGAAAGCACCGAAACCCUGAUACCUCAAAACUGCAAAAAACAAAAAUUUCAAGAGGAGCGUCGAAGCACUAAGAAUUUAGAAAUGCUUACCAAAGAACUAAUAAGUAUUCCAAAGUCCAUGAGUAUACGUUGUCUAACGAAUUUAUAUUCCUUGAAAACAUUAAAUCUUAGUUUGAGACAGAUCCACGAAGAAGAAUUCCCGAAAGAUCUUCAUGCAUUUUACGCCCUGGAAAAAUUAAUUCUUAGUGGCAACAAUAAAUUAAUUCGAUUACCUACAAGUAUCUCCCAUCUUUCACGUCUUAGAUGCUUAAGAUUGGACGAGUGUCGUAGACUUGAAAGCUUGCAUACCCUCCCAUCAAAAAUACAAGUGUUGGAGGCAAAUAAUUGUAUCUCAUUGAAAAAGAUUGAAGAUCUUUCAAAAGAGUAUGAGUUGCUUUACGAGAUUUCCUUCAUUAACUGCUACAAACUUCUCGAGGAUAUAGAUAAUCAAAAAUACCUGGAUAACCUGUUGCAAGAAUCAUUCCUGAAGCGAUGUGCUGCAGGGGACCGUCAACUAAGGACGGCUAUUCCUGGAAAUAAAAUUCCAAGCUGGUUCAAAGAAGAUAAACCUGGAUGCAAAUUUGAAUUAAGGGUUAAAAGCGACGCUGAAAUUAUUGGAUAUGCGAUAUGUGGUUUAUUUCACGGGAAGUGGAAAGAAAAAUAUUAUUAUCCAUUUAUCACAAUAACAUUUAAAAAGGGUGGAAAGUCCAGUCGUACGAAAGAAGUUGAUUGUGUUGAUGCAUCUGUAGCAUCAGAGAACGGGAAUAUUUGGACUUCAUAUAGAACAUGUAGUUUAGUUCAAUAUCAAGAUUGGUAUGGCGGUAGUCUGGUCAUUAAUCUGACACUGAAUGGAACAAAAGCUAUAAGAUGUGCGACACGUCUUAUGUAUAAACAAGAUGUGGAAUCGAUUCCAUGUACCAGAUCAACUUGUAUAUAA